GUGCAAAAAUAUUUCCUUAUACUGUGUAGCACAUCAUUUUCGAAAAAGUCUCAUGCAUUGUCCAAUAAUCUCCUCAACAGUCCAGUGAUUUGCAAAUGUUGUGCGAAUCGGUUCCAAUGAACGGUUCGAAAGAACGAUUCGUUCACGAUUCGAACAUCACUAGUGCAUGGUGCAGCAGAAAAGAGAGCGCAGUCUCCGGGAGCGCUUCGGCAGACCGUUGUGCUGUUCACAUCAUCUUCAGACAUGGCAAAGGAAGGGACUGAGAUUGCUGCUGAGACCGAGCAGAUGAUAGACCAGAAGGAGCCGGACAAUCCCGUUUCUGCGGUUGUAGAUUCAAAAGAAAUGCGGGCUGUGCUGCUCACGGGCUUUGGCAACAAACUCAAAGUCACCAAGAAACCAAUGCCAGAGCCUCAAGAAGGAGAAGUCAAAAUUCGCGUGAAAGCAUGUGGACUGAACUUUCUUGAUCUAAUGGUGCGUCAAGGAAAUAUUGAUAAUCCUCCUAAAACGCCUCUUGUGCCUGGAUUUGAGUGUUCUGGGAUUGUAGAGAGUGUUGGAGAAAACACCAAAGGCUUCGAGAUAGGAGACAGAGUGAUGGCUUUUGUAAACUACAAUGCUUGGGCAGAGGUGGUGUGCACACCGUUGGAUUUUGUGUAUAAGAUCCCAGACAACAUGACAUUCUCAGAGGCGGCUGCCUUCUCUAUGAACUUUGUGACUGCCUACAUGAUGCUGUUUGAAGUGGCCAAUCUCCGGGAGGGGAUGUCUGUAUUAGUUCACUCCGCAGGAGGUGCGGUGGGUCAAGCAGUCGCUCAACUUUGUUCCACUGUCCCGAACGUCACUGUGUUUGGGACCGCCUCGCCCUUCAAGCACGAAGCCAUAAAGCAUUCAGUCACUCAUCUGUUUGACAGAAACAUCGACUGCGUUCCAGAAGUUAAGAAGAUAUCUCCAGAUGGAGUAGAUAUUGUACUGGACUGUUUGUGUGGGGAGAACACAGGAAAAGGCCUAACUUUGCUCAAGCCCAUGGGAACGUACAUCCUGUAUGGUUCAUCAAACAUGGUGACAGGAGAGACAAAAAGUUUCUUCAGUUUUGCUAAAUCUUGGUGGCAGGUUGAGAAGGUGAACCCUAUCAAACUCUAUGAGGAGAAUAAAGUCAUGGCUGGAUUCUCGCUCCUGAACCUCCUCUUCAAGCAGGGAGGGUGUAACCAAGUCAAGACAGCAGUGCAAAAACUUCUUUCACUUUACGACCAAAAGAAGAUCAAGCCUGUUGUUGAUUCCCUUUGGGCGCUUGAGGAGGUGAAGGAAGCCAUGCAGAGAAUCCAUGACAGAGGAAACAUAGGGAAGCUCAUUUUGGAUGUGGAAAAGUCGCCCACGCCUUUGAUGGCCAAUGACAGCACAGAGACCAGUGAGGCAGGUGAGGAGGAAGAGGAGCAAGAGGGAGACAACGACAACAAAGAGCGAAUGCCUUUCAUUCAGUGAACCCAGACUCCACCAGAGACUAUCAUGAACCUGUGCUGAGCUCCGUGUCAUUGUGAAACAUAUGUGUGUGUGAUGUGUUCGGUCUGUUGUUCGUCUGUAUCUUUGCCAGUUUUGGACAAUGCAGUCAAAACAUUAAGUGUGUUGUUUAAUGUUUGACUGAAGUGCUAUUCUUAGUGCAGUGUUGAAUUGUUACAGUGUUUUAGACCAAAACGUUAUUGUAGGAUUGACUGUUCGUGGAAGCUUUUUGCAGCCUUUCGGAUGUUUUAUUUGGCCCCAUCAGUCAGUGGAUUGACAGAUGACUGCAGUCAAAGUACAAAAUUAAAGCCUCGUACACACCAGGACGAUUAUCGCCCGCGCUUAUCGUCGGCGUUUUUCGACGCGUCUUUUGCGUUCAUACCAGAGCGAUUUUCGCUGGCGAUGAGCUGAGUGAACAUGCAAAUUUUGUUAUGGAGAGGAAUUACAGAUCAAAUAGGAUUCGAUGUGUACCGGGGUUUUUCUGUUUUUCUUUAAGCGCCAUCUAAUGUCAGGGAGUGAAUUACCAUGUUCACUCGGCUCAUCGCCAGCGAAAAUCACUU